CUUCUGGAAGCUAAUAUAAAUACAAAUCGUAAGCAUUCAAAUAACUGUAAAUAAAUUUAAUUAAAACGUUUUAAUAUUACUCUACUCUCAAUCGUCGAAUUCCCGAGCAAAAGCUACCUCAAACCCUGACCUAAUUACUGGAGAAAUAGAUUUUAAUAUUAAAUAUUAAUUUAGACCGCAAAGAUGAUUUUUGAAAGUAUUUUAAUUUUGACAAUGACACUAACAUCUAUAAAUUCAGUAGCGAUCGGUCCAGAACCGACGAUUGACGGAGAAUCGGCUAGACAUUAUGAUUCACGAUAUUCAAUAUUUGACAAACCUUAUACAGUUGAUUUUAAGUAUCACAAUUACGAUAAAAUGAGUCGAUUUUUACGAGCCACAUCUCUUCGCUUCCAAAAUCUCACUGCCCUUUAUUCUAUUGGAAAAUCUGUUAAAGGACGUGACUUAUGGGUUAUGGUUGUUUCUUCUUCGCCGUAUGAACACAUGAUAGGCAAACCUGAUGUCAAAUAUGUAGCUAAUAUUCAUGGUAAUGAAGCUGUAGGUCGUGAAUUAAUGUUACAUCUUAUCCAUUUAUUAGUGACAAAAUACGGAUCUGACGCAUAUAUAACAUGGCUAUUAGACAAUACAAGAAUUCAUAUUCUUCCUUCAAUGAAUCCGGACGGCUUUGAAGUAUCUAAAGAAGGCUUUUGCGAAGGCAGCCAGGGCAGAUACAAUGCUCGAGGGUUUGACUUGAAUCGUAAUUUUCCCGAUUAUUUCAAGCAGAAUAACAAGAAAACUCAACCGGAAACAGAAGCGGUGAGAGAAUGGGUGUCAAAAAUCCAAUUUGUACUAUCCGGAAGUUUACACGGGGGUGCUCUUGUGGCCAGCUAUCCGUUCGAUAAUACUCCAAACUCGCGAUUAUGUCGAUCAGCACCAUUGUGCGCAAUGUUCCAGAGUUAUUCAUCAGCACCGAGUAUUUCUCCCGACGACGAUGUGUUCCGUCAUUUAUCAUUAACAUACUCACAGAACCAUGGAUCAAUGCAUCGAGGAGAAGCUUGCUCACCAUCUCAACGAGGCUUUAAAAAUGGAAUAACCAACGGAGCUGAAUGGUACCCACUUACCGGUGGUAUGCAAGACUUUAAUUACGUGUGGAAUGGCUGCAUGGAGAUAACAUUUGAGUUGUCCUGCUGUAAAUACCCACCAGCUGAAGAUCUCAAGCAUUACUGGGAAGAAAACCGUGUCUCUCUGAUAAAAUUCUUGGCAGAAGCCCACCGGGGUGUGCAUGGAUUUGUAGUCGAUGAAAAUGGCAAUCCUAUUGAAAGAGCAUCUGUUAAAGUUAAAGGAAGAGAUGUCAGUUUUCUUACCACAAAAUAUGGUGAAUUCUGGAGGAUUCUUAUGCCUGGAAUUUAUAAACUUGAAGUUUAUGCAAACGGAUACGCUCCUCGUGACAUAGAGUUUAUGGUGAUUGAACAGCAUCCUACUCUUCUUAAUGUCACAUUACACAGUACUAAGAAAUGGAAACAUAACAAAGAGGAUGAUGAUGAUAAUAAUAGUGAUGAUGAUGAUGAUGAUGAUGAUGAUGAUGAUGAUGAUGAUGUUGUUGAUGAUGGUGAUGGUAAUGAGGAUAUUAACGAUGAUAGUAAUGGAGAUAAUAUUAAUUGGAGUCAAAGUAAAGUUCGAGGGACAGAUAAAACUAAAACAACCGGUGAUCAAUGGCAUAAGUCAAUAUCUUCAGGGCCCUUGGAUUACAAGUUCCCGAGACAAGAUGACUCCGUAGAUGGUCAUUACGGAGGAAACGGAGGAGCAGUACGCCCUUACCCUCACCGAGAUUACACACUCCACAUUAGACCAAGUGGUUCAACUUAUUCCACCGUCUCAUCAGAAUCAAACAAUGGAAUUUUUUCAUCCAUUAGCAACGGCUUCAACUCACUGGUGAAUAAUCUGUUUGGCUGAUCGUCUGCCUAUCGACCGGCAACACGAGACGUUGCCCUCCUCAUAGUUCUCCUCUCGCUGUUACGUUAUUUGGGUAACCGCGAGCUUUUAAGACUCAUUGGAAUUAUUCUUACCGCAAGAGGCUUCAAUACGUGACCCCCUUUAAAUUACUUUGAUUAAAAAUCAAUUACAUCGAAACAGAAUGAAAAUUUAAUUAGCCGACAUCGGAAAAUUUUUAUUGAAAAA